UCCCCCGACCUCCCCUCCCCUCCCCCGACCUCCCCUCCCCUCCCCCGACCUCCCCUCCCCACCUCCCCUCCCCUCCCCCGACCUCCCCUCCCCUCCCCCGACCUUCCU